AAAACCACAAGCCAAUUGCAUUCAAAGCAGAUUUUUUUUUUUUGGAGGAUACGGGGAAACGGGAAAACGUUUCUUUAAGCGGAAACCAGAGAAAUAAAACAAAAACUUGCUUACAUAGAGUUAUUUGAAACGGGGAUAAAGAGAUUGGAUGAAAUUUUGAAAUAACAGGCAAUGAAAGCAGUUUCCAAGCCGUGCGUGGACUUGAGAUGGAAGCAGCAGAAGCACUAUGCACUGCAAAUCCAAAGCUACAUUAAAAUCACUCGAAUAUAUCUAAGUUCAAUUUCCAAAUGGAAUUCAAAUUAUAGAAGCAAUGAAACUGUCAUUUUAGACGUGGGUUCUCAAAAUGCCAGGAUUACAAAAUAUGCAAAACAGGGUAGAAUUGAGGAUGCACGCCAAGUUUUUGACAAAAUGUCUGAACGAAAUAUAGUUUCAUGGACUGCCAUGGUUUCGGGGUAUGUUCAAAACAGGAGAGUGGAGGAUGCACGCCGACUAUUUGACAAGAUGCCCCAGCGAAAUGUGAUCUCAUGGACUGCGAUGCUGUCUGGGUAUGUCCGCAGUGGACUAAUCGAAGAAGCGAAAUGCUUUUUCGACAAAAUGUCUGAACGAAAUGUGGUGUCGUGGAAUAUGAUGAUAUCUGGACUUUUGCAGAAAGGAAGAAUUGAUUCUGCUCGCCAACUGUUUGAUGAAAUGCCAGAACGAAAUGUUGUAUCCUGGAAUGCAAUGAUUGCUGCGUAUGCCCGAAUAGGGAGCAUGGAAAUGGCUUGCGAUUUGUUUGACAGAAUGCCUGAACGAGAUGUCAUCUCAUGGACUUCCAUGGUUGCAGGGUACUGCCAGAAUGGUAGAAUUGAUGACGCUUUCAGAGUGUUUGGUAAUAUGCCACAGAGAAAUGUAGUAUCAUGGAAUGCUAUGAUAGCAGGAUAUGUGAAAAAAUUGAGAUUAAAAAAUGCACGCGAACUGUUUGAUGAAAUGCCAGAACGAGAUGUUGUAUCAUGGAAUUCUAUGAUAGCAGGAUACGUGCAGACGGGGGUGAUAGAGGAUGCACGGAAGUUGUUUGAGAAAAUGCCAAAGCGAAAUGUAGUCUCAUGGACUGCAAUGAUUACAGGAUAUGUGUUGAAUCAAAUGAGUGAGGAAGCCCUCAAAUGUUUUUUUCAAAUGCUACUGACAGACAUCAAGCCAGAUCCAACAACGUUCACCACUAUUCUGAGUGCAUGUGGAAGCUUAGCUGCUCUACAGCUGGGGAAGCAGUUACAGAAUUAUAUGAUUAAGCUUGGGAUACAGUCAGAUAACUUCGUUGGUUGUGCUCUUAUCAGCAUGUAUGCAAAAUGUGGUUCUAUAGAUGAGGGUCGUCAGAUGUUUGACAGUAUGUAUGAAAGAGUUCUGGUUUCUUGGAAUGCCAUGAUUUCAGGAUAUGCCCAGCAUGGCUUUGGCAACGAGGCACUGCAGCUUUUUGAGGAAAUGCAACAGAAGGGCAUGAAACCGAAUGAUGUCACCUUUGUUGGUGUGCUUUCUGCAUGCAGCCGUGCAGGACUUGUGGAUGAAGGCUUGCAAUAUUUUAUUUCUAUGGACAGAGAUCAUGGCGUCCCAAGAAGAGCAGAGCACUAUGCUUGUAUAAUCGAUCUCCUUGGCCGUGCUGGGUGUCUGGAGGAGGCCAAUAAGUUUGUCUGCAAAGCUACAUGCGAACCAAAUUCUAGUAUGUGGGGAGCAUUGCUUGGUGCUUCUAGGAUUCAUGGCAACAUAGAGCUGGGUAAACUUGCAGCAGAGCGGCUUUUUGAGUUGGAACCAGAAAACCCGGGAAGGUAUAUGCUUUUGUCGAAUAUUUAUGCCGCAGAGCAUAGGUGGGAAGCUGCGGCACAAGUGAGAAGAAGGAUGAAAAAUAGGGGACUUAAAAAGCUGCCAGGUUGCAGUUGGAUUGAAGUAUUGAACAGGGUUCACGCAUUUCUUGUAGGAGAUAGAUCUCACGUAGAAACAGAGAAGAUCUAUUCAGCAUUAGAGAAUUUGGAAAUACAAAUGAAACAGGCAGGAUACACACCCAAUACAAACUUUGUGCUACAUGAUGUGGAGGAGGAGCUAAAAGAACACAUUCUAAGUCAACACAGUGAAAAGCUGGCAAUCACUUAUGGCCUUAUUAGUACGCCUAGUGGGACAACCCUAAGGAUUUUCAAAAACCUCCGAGUAUGCGAUGAUUGUCACACUGCUACCAAGUUUAUUUCAAAUAUUACCAAGCGAGAAAUUAUCAUGAGGGAUGGCAGUCGAUUUCAUCAUUUUAAGGAUGGGGUUUGCUCUUGCAGAGAUUACUGGUAAUGCUAAGGAAAUAUAAGUAAUAGUUGCGAUUCAUCUUGUUAUCAAUACUUUCAAAUCUAGUGAUGCAAAUUGUUAGAACAAGCAAAGAGGUGGACAGAAAGCAUCAGUGAAAUCCAUCUCUACAAUAUCCUGAGGAUCUCUGGUUACCUCUCACAGAUUUGUUCAACAUAUUGAUUCAAAGGAUCUUCUCAAUGGUGUCUCACUGUGAAAUGAUCAAAUUUCAUUGAGCUUGGUUCAGUUCAUCAUCUAGCAGCUAUAGAUUAUGGAUUGCAUAAAAUAAGAUAUGGGCAGGUCGUAUAGCUAAAUGGGUCAUGUUGUUGAGUGAGUUCAACAUCAAGUAUGUAGACAGAAAAGCAAUCGAAGGCAAGUUAUGAUAGAUCAAUUGGUUGAAGCAACUCUAAUAAACAAUCAUCCACUGAUUGUGGACUUUCCGGGAUUAGUGAGAAGAGUUGUAAUGUAAGCGCUCCUCUUUUCCAAUUUGUGCUCACCCAUAAGUAAGGAGGCCGCAACGAUCAUGUAUAGCUAUGCCUUCUUGACCAGGAGGUACUACUGUUCAUUGGAGCAUAGCUACAGGUUGGUGUCAUUCUCGUUUAGGAGCUGGUGUUUGCCUCAUCCUUAAGAAAGAAAAAAUUCCAAGGAGCAAUCUAAAGCAAAACUAUCUUAGAUGACCAAUAUUGGCUACAAAACUCAUCAGUUUUAGUGGUCAUAGUACUACUGCAGCUAAUUCAAGAAAUGUAAUAGGAUUGAGUUCCAGUUGGGGUCCUUUGUUUUUGUGGCUCAAAGGCUGAUUGUUUCAUUCUCAGGUGGGUACAAUUGGUCUUCCUUUUCUUUAGGUUGUGCAACAACAUUCUCAAGUUCCCGUUUGCAGUUCCAAACAUGGCAUGGGGCAUCUACAGGUUGGUAUUUUGAACAAGUGUUAACAUUGGCCUGAACAUACCUUGUUAAAUGAACACUAACAGUAUAUAGUUGUAAUAUACAACAUUUUUUGACAUUCUGAUUUAUGUUGAAGGACUGAGUCUUGGGAUAUUCAAGUAAGCAUGUUCCAUUAAGUUCAUUCCAUUAUGGGUAAGCAAGUGUGGCGGUUUCCCUUCUAGAACAGUUUUGUUUCCCUCCAGUGUUGGCAUGAAGUAGAAAUUUUAAAGGAAUGCAGGUUGGUGGCUCCAGUGUAAAUGACCUUGGCAAUUGUAAGGCUGAUUGCUUCACAGUACAGGUGCACACACUUAAUUAUGCUCACAGAAAGAACUGUAAAUGCUAUCUUUCUUAUAGCAUUAACUUGAAAUUCAUAAUUUUCAUUAUGCAGUAGGAAAUUAAACUCAUGGUAUGUGUUACAUUUUAAGCUCUGUUGUGGGUGAUGUAACAUUUUUGAUGGCUUAUUGAGGUAGAGCAGUUGUAUGCUCACCAGGUAUGGGUUUCUUAUUUUUUGCCUACAACU